AUUACUGUUGGUACAAUAAAACUGUCAUGGUUUGACUGCAGUACCGUAUCUGAUUACUGCAGUACCUGCGGGGCUCCUCCCUCUUUUAACUUCACUCAGGUGUGACUGAAGCUGACAGGUGUGUCUGAGGCUCCGCCCCCCGCCGGCAGCUUUAAUCGAGGCUGAGCAGUUGAGGGUCAGACAGCAGCUGGAUUUCUGAAGGACCAGAACUCAAACCAACUCUGAAGAUGCUGAACGGUUCCGAGCUGCGUAGAUUCUCCGAGUUCAGCUUUGAGCGGCGGUUCGAUGAGCGGGAAGCGAUCCGGUGGAUGCAGCUGCACUGGUCCAAGUCCUUCCUGUUCUGUGCUCUCUACGCCGCCCUGGUGUUCGCUGGACGUCACUACAUGAAGCCUCGACCCAGAAUGAACCUGAGGCUGCCGCUGGUCGUCUGGUCGCUCAGCCUGGCCAUGUUCAGCAUCGUGGGUUCUGUCCGGACCGGGUCCUACAUGUUCCACAUCCUGAGCUCCAGCGGCUUCAGAAGGUCCAUCUGUGAUCAGAGCUUCUACGGCGGACCGGUCAGCAAGUUCUGGGCCUACGCCUUCGUCCUGAGCAAAGCUCCGGAACUGGGUGACACGGCGUUCGUGGUCCUGAGGAAGCAGAAGCUGCUGUUCCUGCACUGGUACCAUCACAUGACGGUGCUGCUGUACUCCUGGUUCUCCUAUAAGGACAUGGUGGCGGGCGGCGGCUGGUUCAUGACCAUGAACUACGUCGUGCACGCGCUCAUGUACAGCUACUACGCCGCCCGCGCUGCCGGCCUGCGCGUGCCCCGCCCCCUGGCCGUGCUCGUCACCGGCGCCCAGAUCGUCCAGAUGCUGAUGGGGCUGCUGGUGAGCGCGCUGGUGCUGGGAUGGAUGCCACAGGGCGACUGUCCGUCACGCCUCGACAACGUGCUGUGGGCGGGGCUAAUGUACCUGAGCUACCUGCUGCUCUUCUGCAACUUCUUCUACCGGACCUACCUGCAGCCUGGAGGCAAGACCAAGAGCCAGUAGGGGGCGCUGCCGAGCAUCAUGGGAGGUCUGCUGCUGCCACCUCUGGUUCUGGAUGUAAAGAUCUGCUUUAAAGAACUGAAUAAUUGAAUGUAGAAACAGCUGAGAGGAGAUAAAUUGGGUGAUGGAGGAAAGUUUCUCCUUCAGUUUCUCAAAUAUUUUCUGUUUUCAGCUUCUUUUUUAGUCAAACCUUCUUCAUUUAGCAGAUUCAGAAGAUUUUAAGACGUAAAAUGGUCAAAACUGGAUUAAAAAAUGUAAUACAAAAUUUGACAAAAAAUUACCAUACAAACAGUAAAAUGUCUUUUUAGACUGGGUCUCAGUGAUUCUGGAUAUACAACUGUCAAAUCGUCUUUUCCAGGUUCAUAAUUUAUUAAUAAUAAUAAUAAUAAUAAUAAUAAUAACUGAACGUAGAAGCAGCUGAGAGGAGAUAAACUGGAUGAUGGAGGAAAGUUUCUCCUUCAGUUUCUGAAAUAUUUUAGGUUUUCUUUCAUCAGACUUCCAUCAUGCAGCAGCUUCAGAAGAUUUAAAAAGACAAAAUGAUCAAAACUGGAAACUGGAAAAUAUUUCUCAUUUUAUUUUCUUAAUUUUCUCUUUGAUUUCUAAAAUGAAUCUUGUUUCUGAUCAGAAGUUUUACAUGGUCAUGUCUGUUUUUGUUCUCUGCAGCUGAGAAGCAGCCAAACCUUCCUGAUAGUUUUCUAUUUAUUUAUUUAUUAUUGAUUAUUGGUAUUUAUUGGACGUAUGAAGGCGCCUGAUUGGCUGCUGGAGUCUCCUCGGUUUUUUCACGUUUAUUUAAAUCCUCACAGGUUGAAGGUUUUUGUUUGUUUCAGCAGCUGCAGCUCUCAGACCAACUUUAUCAUUAUUAUUUAUUAUCAUUAAUUUAUUAAUGUUAUUAUUGAUCAGUUUGAGGUGUCUGAUGGAGAAUUGAUCUGAAUUUGGUUCCAUGAGAAAUGAUGAUGAUCAGAUAUUUUCUGGAUGAAAACACAAAAACACUUUUUCAUGUUUAAAAAUAUUUUAUUUAUUGUUUGGUAAAAAUAGAGUUUUAGUUUUUAAACGUGUUUCAUGUCUUUAUUUUGUGUUUUUGAUUAAAACCAGCAGAUUUCUAUACAACCAGACGAGUUGGAUUUAAUUUUAUGUUUUUUUGUGUUUUUUUUUUUUUUUUUUUUUUUUUUUUUUAGCAAACAUACAAGCAAAGCAGGUAAAUAAAAUGGAAAAAAAAAACUU